ACGAAUCAGGUCAGCUGUCUGGUCUGUCUGCUCCAUGUGGUUCAACUUUUGGCCGUCUGGGCUCUGUGCAGACAGAUGCUACAUGGCUCCCUUACAGAGCUCCUGCUGGAUCACAACCAUCUCACAGUCCUGGAGAGCGGGACCUUCCACAGUCUGGACAGCCUCCAGAAGUUGAACCUGAGCAGCAACCUCAUCUCCACAGUAAAGCUCCGAGCCCUAGGUUACCUGACAGCCCUGUGCCAGAUCAACCUGGAGGGAAACCAUCUUACUUCCCUGGGCUCAGGCCUCUUCACGACACUGCGCUCCCUGGUGGUGGUGGGCCUUCAGGGGAACAUGAUCAGUUACACUGAGCCAGGGGUCUUCACCCCUAUGUCUUCCCUAAACCUGCUGGACCUGGUCCACAACCAUCUGGGCACCCUGGGCUACAGGACCCUGCUGAUCAUCCACACCCCCAGCUUCCACGUCCUGCUAUAGGGAAACCCCUGGCACUGUGACUGCAAACUGCAGAGGGUGUUCAGGAAUCUGUGCAUCAUCCACAGGGUCUUCCUGGAUGACUACCAGGAGCUGAAGUGCAGCGAUCCCGUCGAGCUAAAAGGAAGGUCCAUGGGAGAGGUGGAUGAUGAGCUGUGUGUCGGGGGGACCGUGAUGGUGCUCAUUUUAACGGUCACUGUGGUGAUCACCGUGGUAGCCCCAUUAUCAUGGUGGAGAAGAACAAGAAGAAUAGCGUGGCCAUGGACUGGGAGGAAAGUGUGGGGCUGGACACCUACUGUGACAAUGACAAUUAGGGCUGUCUACUUCCCAUGA